AUGGCAUAUUUGGAUGAUGUCUGCCUAGCUGGUGACUAUCGUGUGGUCAGCGCUGCCCUUGGUCGCCUCACCGCGGCCGCUCGGCAAGUUGGUCUGCGCAUCACCCCCAGCAAAUGCGAACUCAUCCCUUGUGGCGGGGCCGAUGCUGCCGUGGAUCCCAGAGCUUUCCCACAAGGUGUUCAAAUCAAUUGCAGUGGCUCUUUCACUUUGCUUGGGGCGAGCAUUGGCAGUGUUGCCUUCUGUGAACAGCACACCCUUAAGGAGCGGGUCACCAAAGCCCAGCCCCUUCUCUUGGCUCUAGCUGAAUUGCCCGAUCCCCAGACAGCCUUGCUGCUGCUGCGCCAUUGCGCUUCCUACUGCAAGGCGUGGGCCCAAGCUGCCCUCUCCACCACCCACGGUGGGUUGGGCCUCCACCACGCAUCAGUGCAUGCGCCGGCAGGGUAUGCCGCCAGUGUCGUGGCCACCCAUGGGCUCUGCCGGCUUCUUGACCCAACCUACAACAGUGCCGCAACCACCGAGGCAAUCCAAGCCUUCAACCAUGUGCUGCCAGCGAGUGAACAUGUCCCCAUCCCAGCGCCGCCGACCCUUCGGCAACAACAGUUGUCAGAGGCGCUGGACAAGAUCGUGAUUGCCAAGCUGGCGGUUCCUUGCCCAUUGUGCGAUGGCGUGGCGGAUUGUUUCGGCGUUCAUGCCCCGUGCGGGGGUGAUCGCACCAAGCGACACCACGCCCUCCGAGCCAUCCUUGCUGCCCGCGCCAAAGCGGCCGGCUUUCACACCGACGUCGAGAAGCCCGGGCUUUUGCCACCUCGACCGGAGGACGGUGGUGCUGGGGAAGAUGGAGGCAGUGCCACCAACGGCCGGCGGCCUGCUGAUGUUUGGGUCGGCAAUUGGGGCUUGCUGGGACCCGCGGCUUUUGACUUGGCCGUCACUUCGGGCCUGCGCUCCGGGCAUCUGCCUUCCAUUGCUGCAGAUGGUCGGCGGCUUACAAUUCUUGCCUUGGUUGCGGAAGCCUGCAGCGGGGGAUGGGGGCCCACAGCGCUGAAAACAUGGAAAGAACUUUCGGUUGCUCUGGCCGUCCGCAACAAUGAAGCUGCCAGCGUGGAGCGCGAACGUUCGCUCCAAUCGCUGGCGGUGGCCCUUCAACGUGAAAAUGCCCGGGCCGUGCUUCGACGCAUCGAGUGA